GCCAUUUGCUUACCCAGACGUCCAGGUUGUUCACUAAACCCACAAUUAUUUUGUGCGGAAAUAUACUACUGUAUUUCAUGGCCACAAAUUACCAUUUUGUGCUCACGCUAUGUCUACCGUGGCCACAAUUUAUUUUUUUUAUUUAUUUUUUUUGCACCCGCCCUAUGUCAUGUCAGGUUCGGCACAAUUUUCUCUCCCCCCCCCCCCCCCCCCCAUUGCGUUAUUAUUAUGUACAAGUUCAUAUUGAAUUCAACCCCACUGUUCUGGUUGGUCAGCGCAUUUGUUGGCGGGGGGAGUUUUUUAACUCCCGGUUCAACGUUGCACUUGUUCUUUGCCACGUGUUAGUUGAAUUAAUGAAUUUGAGCUCUAUGCAAUUUGUUUUCCUAGCUGCCAGUCACCUCCCCAAACUGGACGGAGACUCAGGAAGCCAUCCCGUUUGUACUGUCCGCCAUUGCAAGCGUUUUAUAUACGUCUAGCGUGCCGGGAAAACUAGACCAGGCUUUCCACAAAAUGGGGUCAUGUACUGUACAAAUAACACAAAAGACGCUAAUUUACAGCAAAAAAAAAAAAAAAAAAUGGAACCCACUUCCCACAGUGUUGGGACCCCCCUGCACCAACAUCAUGACACAAAAUGCAUUUGAGUGUACAGUCCUCCCAUACUGUAAAGAUUUGCCCCUUCUUUCCAUUCUAGAGAUUUUGCCUUGAAUUGGCUAUAUAAAUAUAUAUAUAUAUAUAUAUAUAUAUAAAAUAGUGUUAUGAAUAUAUGGAAAAGACAUGUUUAAUGGUUCAGUUGGUGGGUGUUCGCCUGCACACGCGUUUUGUCGAGAGGCCGCACAGCCCCCGAAACAGACUCACCGCAUUGUGUUCGCACCUGUUGGAAUUAAAAUAAGGUGCAAGAAAAAAACUUUUUUUUUUUUUUUAAGAUGCUGCUGCUGUUUUUUGUUUGAUUGGGAGUCAAUAAGUCCUUUCCUCCCCCUUUGUUCAUUCCUUCCUUUAAUACCAUCCUUGUUUCCUUCCAUCUAUCAUCCUUCCUAUCCCUUCUUUCCAUAUAUUCUUCUUUCCUGCCCUCCAUUCUGUCCUUCCUGUCCUUCCCUCCUCUCCCUUCCUCAAUUUUAUUCCAUCCUUCAUUCCUUCCUCUCGUAUCAUGUUUCCUUGCAGCCUCUGGAGCUGUAACGAACGCAAUAAAAUAAAAGGACUGCAAAUACAUUGCUUCGGACAAACUAUUAUGGUAAGAUUUAUCAGUUGCAUUGAAAAUGUAAGCAUUAAAAAAAAAAAAAACACCGCCCAACUUUUUGCAAAGGUGAAGUUGGAGGGUGACGUCACGGAGGAGGUGGGCGGGGCCUGCGCGCGUGUCCGCCAACCGGCGGCGUCAGAAGUCAAGCUGCUCUCGUUUUGUCAACGCGUCCACAAAACGUGAGUUAGGUUGGGCUUGUUCUGUGUUUCGGAGUGAAAAGGACCAGGGUGAGGACCGAGGAGGCGGAGGAACCGAGCGCGAGAGACGAAGCAGGUUUCCGGCUCCCUUCGGGCGGUUCGCUGACGGCCGCCGCCGCCCCGCCGCCUUCCCCGGCCACUGAGACGCCCUCACGCCGCCUGAGGAGCACCACGAUGGAGGGAGACCCUCCAGUGCCGGACGACCUUACUCCGGAGGAGCAGCAGGAACUGGAGAACAUCCGCCGGCGCAAACUGGAGCUGAUGGAGGACAUUCAGGAAAACCAUGCAAAGGAACAAACAGGUGGCCAUGGGCCGUAAGAAAUUCAACAUGGACCCCAAAAAGGGAAUUCAGUUCCUCAUCGAGAACGACCUGCUGAAGAACACCAGCGAUGACAUCGCUCAGUUCCUCUGUAAGGGGGAGGGCCUGAACAAAACCGCCAUUGGGGAUUACCUUGGGGAAAGAGAUGAAUUCAACAUACAGGUCCUCCACGCUUUUGUUGAGCUUCAUGAAUUCACAGACCUCAACCUGGUUCAGGCCUUAAGACAGUUCCUGUGGAGCUUCCGGCUACCGGGAGAAGCCCAGAAGAUCGACCGCAUGAUGGAAUCCUUCGCUCAGCGCUACUGCCAAUGCAACCCCGGCGUUUUCCAAUCCACAGACACCUGUUACAUCCUGUCGUUCGCCAUCAUCAUGCUCAACACCAGCCUUCACAACCCCAACGUGAAGGACAAGCCCACCGUGGAGCGCUUCAUCUCCAUGAACCGGGGGAUCAACGAGGGAGGAGACCUACCCGAAGACCUGCUCAGGAAUCUGUACGAGAGCAUCAAGAAUGAGCCUUUUAAGAUCCCAGAGGACGACGGCAACGACCUCACGCACACCUUCUUCAACCCAGACAGGGAAGGCUGGCUGCUAAAACUUGGAGGAGGCCGCGUAAAGACUUGGAAGAGGAGAUGGUUCAUCUUAACUGACAACUGCCUCUACUACUUUGAGUACACGACGGACAAGGAGCCGCGAGGGAUCAUCCCGCUGGAGAACCUGAGCAUCAGAGAGGUGGAAGACAAGAAGCCUAACUGCUUUGAGCUUUUCAUCCCCGACAACAAGGAUCAGGUGAUCAAGGCGUGCAAGACGGAGGCCGACGGCCGCGUGGUGGAGGGCAACCACACCUUCUACCGCAUCUCUGCCCCCACCACCGAGGAAAAGGACGAAUGGAUGAACAGCAUCAAAGCCGCCAUCAGCAGGGAUCCUUUUUACGAGAUGCUGGCCGCCAGGAAGAAGAAGGUGUCGUCCAUGAAGAGACACUAAAGGAGCUGCUCCACGCUGGCCAUGUUGCACUUGGGAGCAGAUGGGGCCGGGGGUCUCCUAGCUUUUUGGACUCAGCUGGCCAGGAAGCCAAGAGGCACGCUGGGCGUUCAGGAUCAGAGUCGGGGGGGGGGGGGGGUACAAGCUGCCCACUGCUUUCUAAAAAAACUAAACAAAACCAGGAACAAAACACUGUUAUGCAGCCCCCCCCCCCCAACACCCCAACACCCGCUCCACCCAGCACAUUAAACUCAGCAGGUCUGAACACGUGUGGCAACAAAGUACUUCUCAUAAGGAAAAGAACAUUUCGAAAAGGCUUCAAUGUGUCUGGACAAGUAUUUUUACAGCUUUACUCUUUUUUUUUUUUCUUUGCUUUUGUAUGCAAAUGUUGGGAAUGCCAACAAUUGGGUGACUUUAUAGGAGGGGGGGAGGGGAAACGCACCAAAACUUGCAAAUUGAGUUUUCCCCUUGUUUGGUGUUGAAAUGUGAAAUGCUGCUGGUUAGCGAUAGAAAAUCAGCCCUGUAUCCUAAUAAUAACUCAAUAUAGCACAGUGCUACAGGUUGUUGAUGCACAAGUUGCAUAUGGAAGCUUUAAAGAGCCACCGGUGGAUGUUUGACUAUGGCUUGUCCUCGUCUCAGGUUUACAACCAAAAACACGUCUUUUCAUGAUUUUGAGUGCCUGAUGAUUCUUACGCUUCCACUCCUUCCAAUGCACUAACACGUAGAGAAUUCAAAGAAAACAAUCAUAUUGCUAGUCAGUAUUGGUUUAUUUAUCGACUGUGUUGUACAUACUUAAAUGUAUAGUGAGUGUUUGUUUUUCAAGGUUUGCUUUACUCUUAGUCGUCUCAUCUUUUUUUUUUUUUUAACCCUGUUCAUAAACAUUCUAUUGUUGCCAUUUAAUUGAGUUAAAAUUAAAAACCAAAAUUAAUCUGUAGAAAGUGUAUGGUUGUUUAUUACUCUGGCCAGCAGGGGGCAGUAUGUAACUAAUAAGUGCAACCUAAGGGCAGGUUUAUUAAAAUCCUGAACACUCAAUCCCUAAUAAUACAAGAGACCACUUGUUGGAUGUGCAAGGAUACUAAAAAUACUACUUUCCUAUAAAUUUACACACUAUUAUAUCUACUUUGACUAAAACAUCUGCCUAUUUUUCUAGCCUGAUGCCAUUUCACUGCUUUAUUUUUUUAAAUUUUGUACAGCUCCCAAAACUGAGGCAGCGGGACUACGAGUAAGAUACGAUAGGAUGCCUGGAAAAGCAAUCAAUAGAAAUGACCCCCCCCCCCCCCACUCAAUGGAGUGAGCACUCAUGCAGUAAAUAUCAGGUCUGAAGGGGGCGGGGGGCACAGAAAAACAAUGAUGAUGCGACCUCCAUCACGCGCAACCUUGAAUUUUAGUAUGUCACGUGGAUUAUUAUGAUUCUGUUGGUUAAAUUGUUUCGUGUGCAGCGGCGUGUGGGGGAAAAUGGUGACCUGUGACUCCUCGUGAGCCAUUACCACCACCAGCAGACAUGCUGGAAAUAUUUUAUCACGUUUUCUGUGGACACUUUCAUAGGAAAGGAGAUUUGUCCACCAGAUAGCACUAUGAUUUCCCCAUUCAAAGCAUGCAGCAAAAUGGCAGCCGUUUAGUUUUCUGUAAGGGUACUCUGCUACUGAAAUGAUGUGUGCAUCGCUACAGAUGGACAAUGGUGUCCAUACGGGGCGCCUCUCUUCGAAAUGUACACUGUGUUACGAACUAAUGCCAAAUAUUUGAGUUAUUUGACGAGGUGCUAUUUUGAAUUGCACAGUGGUGAGAAACUGGGUGAUUGGGCCCCGUAUGGACCUUUUUCACUUAGGGUGUACUCACUUUUGUUGCCGCGGUUUGAACAUUCAUUGCCGUGUGUUGACUUUUUUGAGGGGACAGUAAAUCAACACCGUUAUAAAAGCUGUACGCUGAAUACGAUGUAUACACAAAUAAUUUCUUCAGGGUUUUAUUUAUAUCAGUAGUAUAUUCUCGCGCUGCUGUUUUACUAUUGAAGGGUUAAAUCACGGCCAGUUCAGUCCCUGUACGACCGAUGUCUUGAGUUUGACAGAUUCGUUUGCAGUGAGGCUUGGACUCAAGCAAGUCUGCCCUUUGUCACCGAUUCUGUUCGGAACCUUUAUGGACAUAAAUUCUAGGCGCGGCCGAGGCGUUGAGGGCGUCCAGUUCGGUGGCCUCAGUGUUAUGUCUUUGCUUUCUUGCAGAUGUGCUUUUGUUGGCUUCAUUAGGCUCUGCAGUGAUGCGGACUCCGUAUCGGUCGGUCGUGCCGAAGAAGGAGCUGAGCCAAAAGGUGACGCUCUCCGUUUACCGGUCGAUCUACGUUGCUAGCCUCAGCUGCGGUCACGUGCUGUGACCGAACGAACAAGAACACAAGCGGCCGAAAAGAGUUAUUUUCAAAGGGACAUUUUUUUGUUGUUGCUGGGAACAAUUGUUUGUUUUGGUGUUUUGAGUAGCUUCGCCAGUUUAGACAAAUUUAAAGAACAAGUGAUUAUACAAAGAAGGGUUACUAUUUGUUGUUGCAGUUACAGUAAUUGCCUGGGCUGUGACUUGGAUGUUGAACAAUGUACUAUGUCUAAUAUUAAAGAAUGAAGACGCAACAACAACCGAGAUUACUCCAGUUUCCCCAAUUCAACGUUUGCGGGAUACAUAACAAAAACCGAAUGGUACAAAAUGUCCCAGGGUUACUAUUUUGGGGCUGCCGUUCUCAAGAGAACAAAAGAGGGCCGGGACUUGAGCGUUUAACACUACGUUCUUGACAAUAGCGACGCGAUUAACAUUUCAGUAAGCGAGGCGUCCUUGCAGAAAACAGUCAAAGGGGGACGUUUUGUGGGAUGCUUUGAAUGGGGGGAAGUAGCUCCAUCUGGUAGACAAAUGUAAAAAAGAAAUAAAUAAAUCAACCUUUACAUAAAGGAUUGUUAUAGUUUAAGAUGGAUGUGAAGUCAAAAAUGUCAUUCUCAAUGGGAUUUUUAUUUUAUUUUUUUUUACCUGGGAACAAAUGAGUCAGGUUUUAUGUUCCUUUGCUAUUGUAGACUAAUUUUAAGUAGCAACGUGACAAGAUUUCCCAAAAAUGACAGUCUGGUAAACUGCAGAGUCUGAUUGGAAUGGUCACUUCAGUCCAAGUACUACGCACCUAAAAAUUUAGAAAAGCAGAUGUGUUCCAGAGAAAUGGUGUUCCAAAUUACACUAAAACAGCAUAACUUGAUUAUUGUUUAUCAACAUACCCGUAUCUCCUCAACCCCUACGUUUCGUCUGCUAUUCAGGGAAUCCCUUCUCUGAUUGCUUGAAAAGUUUGUAAAAAAAAUAAAUAAAUAAAAAAUCCACCAAUAAACUCAUAUGGGCCCAAAUUCCAAAAGAGGUUCCCCCAAGUCGAGUCAAAAUUACUGCGAUGUUUCAAAUGGCAUCAUUUGCCCUAAAAACCUGACUUAAAUGGGACCAAUCAAUCAUUAUUCAUGAAAAGAGCAGUGUGGAGAGUAGAAUGGCUCAUGUACUUGAGCAAUAAAUUGUUUUCUCCUGAAUUUAUGUGCUAUGGAGGAGGUUUUAAGUGCCCAUUCCAUGGUUUUUAGAAAAUUCCACAAAGACGGCGGCCACUUGUCAUGUUGUCAUGCGACGGAAAACGCCACAACAACCAAGAAGUGUCCAGCUGCCUUAAUUUAACUUUCGUGGAUUACAUGAAUAAAUCUGAAUGGCACAAAAUGUACCAGGAUUCUAAUUUGUGGUGGCAGGUAUUUGGGUGCAAGAGAACAAAAUAGGGCUUGUCCUUGGGUGUUGAACACUACGUACUUAGUACGUUCAAUCCUGGGCAAAAAUCCACCGACAAAAUUGUGGCACGCUUAUCAUUUUGUCAUUUUGCUGCAUGCUUUGAAUGGGGGAAAUGUAACAUCAUCUGGUGGAAAAACAAAUAGACACGUUAACAAAAGAUCAAGAUAAAAGUUGAAUCAAGAACUUUAAUUUCAAUGGAAUGUUUUUGUCGUAGGAACAAGUGUGCCAGGUUUUGUGUCGCUUUGCCAGUUUAGGCUAAUUUAAGGAGCAGCAAUUACAUAAAGAGAGAGGGUAACAAUUUGGUGUAUUAGUUAUGUGAGGAAGAAAAACAAAAGAGGGCUGGGACUUGGAUGUCGAACACUAUGUACUUGAAAAUCUCAUGAUAGUGCCACAUGCUUAUUAUCACAUUAGGCAAGGCACUCUAGUUGUGCAAAACAGAAAAAGGUGCGACAUUUUGUUGCAUGCCUUGAAUGAGUGAAAUGUAGGGCCCUCUAGUGCAGUGAUUUCCAACCUUUAUGGAGCCAAGGCACAUAUUUUACAAUUGGAAAAUCUCACGGCACACCAACAAACAAAAAUGUCAUAAAAAGUGGAUACAUUCAUUACUGUGUGUACUUCCUGCCAUCUAAUAGAAGAGCAUUUAUUUGUUCUGUCUGUCAUUUUGCCUCACUGGCAUAAAUAGAUGAUAGAAGAUACAUUAUUUCUUGGAAAUAAAGAAUUUUUUGAGCAAUUAAGUAAAAUUAGAUAUAUCCCACGGCACACCUGAAGAGCGCUCACAGCACACUAACGUGCCCCGGCACACUGGUUGGGAAUCACUGCUCUAGUGGACAAAUUUACAAAUGUGAGUUGAAAGACGGUAGGCCUACUGUACACUAGUCCCUCAUUUAUCGCAGGGCUUACAUUCCAGAACCCCGACGAUAGACGAAAAUCUGCAAAGUAGUGAACAUAUAGUGUUACACAUAAUACCGAUACAAAUAUGCAUGUGAGGUGCAGGUAUUAUUUUUGUCCACAUGGGGUCUCCAUCUUCGCGUUCUACACUGUAGUAUCUGUGCUGUACAAAAUGCUGUGUACACGGCAACUUUAAAUGACAUUUUAUUACGUGGUGAAUAUAUUUGUCAACAGGGGGGUUCGCAAACUUCGCAUGUGGUAAUUGCUGCUUCUGUUUGAUAGCUAUGAACAAGCGGGAAAUACGACCCGCGCUGACACUUUGUCCCUACGAGCAGCGUGCCUAUGGCGAUGCUAAGCUAAUGGCGGCAUAGUGUCAGCGCAUUCCGUGUUUGUGGACAGCACGAAACCCAAAAUAAGAAGGAUACCAGCACAUUGUGCUGCAUAUGGUUGCACACGAUGCUGUACUGUUUCGACAAGCGAAAUGGGAGUAAUCUUUCAUCGGUAAGAGACUAAGAUUUAAAAAAAAAAAAGGUUUUGGGCUCUUUUUUUUCUCCUUCAAAUGUUCUGCAGUAAUAGCCCAUGCUUUGACGUUGACAAAACAGUGAAUACCUCAUGAAAACCGGCUGACAAAUGAGUAAGUUAUGAUUUAUUUUCAAUACACAUUGAUAGGAACGUUGCCCCCACCAACGUGGCCGCUACGUAGGCACGUGACUUAUCCGAGCUAGCGUCGCUAAUGUUUUCUAUUCAUGUCUAUGUAUUAUUUCUUAUACUUUGAAAUCAAUCCGCCAACUCCUCUCCAUUGGAUGCGACGUCUGACGUCACAGCGAUGCCGCUAAAUUCGAGUGCAUCGUUGACGUAAUUAUUAAAUAAAGGAGCAAUACAGCGACGCACCAAGCGACUGAUGUUAGCAACCCGGAUGUAAAAAAAAAAAAAUCAGCUAGCAAGUACCGAAUGGGCAAAGAAGCUUCGUAAAGUUUAAUUUUGCGACGGAAGACAUUGUCCAGCACUGAAUUCUCGACAGGAGCUUGAAUGGUAAGGCUCUGUUUUUAGAUGAAGAGACUCGUUAAGUUGUGUUUGCUUGCUGGGCUGGCUGAGUUGAGCACGAAACGUGCGUCAUGUGUUUUGAAUCAACUCCAACUCCUGCUUGCUGUGGAUUUCUUCAAUCGAUGUCAUGAUGUCAGUUGCACUUAAAAUAGAUGAUAGAGAUCAAACGAAAAUAAUUCCAUGAUUGAAGAAUUAAUCUGAAUGAAUACAAAUUUCUGUAAAAUAAAAUGUUAUACUAA